AUGAUGGAGCAGACCGAUCUGCUCAAAGGGAAGGAGGUUAAAAAUGUUGUUGUUCUCUCUUUGUCGUUCUUGCUGGUUUUCACGUCCUACACAGCCAUACAAAACCUUCAGAGCAGCCUGAACCAGGCGGAGAAUCUGGGAAUCAUUUCGCUGUCUGUUAUCUACGGAUUGUUUAUUCUUUCUGGAAUCAUGGCGCCUGUCAUUAUCGGGUUUAUUGGAGUCAAGAAAGUAUUCCUUGUAGCUUGGAUGGCCCACAUUUUCUACACGGCGUCCAAUUUCUACCCUUCCUUCUACACGCUGCUUCCAGCUUCAGUACUCCUUGGAGCAGUUUCGGGUUUUCUUUGGACCGCUCAGAAUACCUACCUAUCAAUAUGCGCUAUUUCCAAGAGUACACCAUCCGGUUCUAGUUUAUACAGUGUCCUCAGUCGGAUGAAUAGCAUAUUCUUCGUGAUAUUUCAAUGUACACAGAUAACGGGCAACGUGACAGCGUCCCUGGUUUUACAGCAAGAGACUGACAACUCCACGGAGAAAGGAAUCCAGUGGUGCGGUCCCAGUGACUGCCCGUCUUCGGCUGGGAAUUCUACAACCAUAGCGGUUCCCCAGAUGCGUGUUGUCUAUAUCUUACUCGGAACCUAUCUCGUGUGCACCGUCAUCGGCCUUUUGGCAACGCUGCUCUUCCUCGACUCCAUUCCUACCAGUGUAUACACCAGUGGUACGCAGCUGAAGGUUUCUAUGACGUCAUGUGGCAACAUCCUGUUCAGAAGUCGUCUGACAUUUCUGAUCCCAUUGUUCCUGUACCAGUCCACGCACCUAACUGUAAUAUGGACAGACUUUACAAAGUCGUUUGUGAGCUGCCCUCUCGGUAUCCGGAUGGUUGGUUUCGUGAUGGCCACGUACGGGGGGUCCACUGUACUGUUCACCUUUAUCUUCGGCUACCUGGCUAAAUACUGCGGGCGAGUCUUGCUCUUCACGUUAGCCGCAACCGUCAACGCCGGCAGCCUUGUCUACAUGUACGUCUGGCAUCCCACUAGCGACGACAGCCUCGUCAUCUUCGUUGUAGCAGCAGUCUGGGGCAUGGCUGAAGGCGUUUGGGAGACUCAGAUUAUUGCAUUGGUGGCUUUGCUUCUCCCGGACAACAAGGAAGCUGCCUUUGCCAACCUGCAAACAUGGAAGGGUAUUGGCUUUACGUUGACGUUCGUGUAUGGAACCUUUCUGUGUGUGCACGUGAAGCUGUUGAUAGCCAUCGUCCUCCUCGUGUUGGGGAUGACUCUGUACUACGGGGUGGAAAUUCAGCUCAAGUUGCGUACAAGAGGCGCAGAUAUAGACAAGCACGUGACUCAAAACAGUGAAAAUAUCAAUGGCAUAAUGUUUACUGUACAAAGUGUUAUUAAACACGAAAACUAAUCAUUUUGGGAUGUUACAUUACUGGACCAGUCAGGUUAUUAUUUAUAAAAAGCUGGGAAUAGGUAUCAAUGCAUUGCUUUAACGAUGAAUGGAUGGAUUGAUGGAUGGAUGGAUGGAUGGAUGGAUGUUGGAUGGGGGUUUGUGUUGAUAGAAUAAUAGAUCAAUGGAUGGAUAACUGACUGGAUGGACAGACGGAGGGUCUAGCGGACAUUCUAACUGACGAAUGGUUUAAGCUAAACAAAUUGUAUCGAUUGGAUAUGUAAACAGUUUUACAACCAAGACAGAUAGAACAAUGGCGAAAUAAAUUCGGAUUAACUUAAGCAUUUCAGAUAUGGAAAAAUGUGACAAUAUAAUGCCACAGUACACCUUUCAUUCUUAGACCUUCUGUUCCUUGAAAGUCGACGGGUAAGAUCAAGAGAGCAAAUGUUAAGUCAUGUACGUUGAUAUCCUGUGUGUCAUAUACGUGCUUCUAUGUGUCUUUCUGUACAAGAAGAGUCGUGUUUCGUCAGCAGAUGCGCAUAAUAAUAUACUGCUUGAAAUAAGAAAUGGCCGACAGAUUUCUUUUAUAUCCUAAGUGUGCAAAAUCGGCUCCGAUUUUAAUUUCGAUGGACAGAUGUUGUAGUUUUGUCUCUGGUGAAUACUAAUGAUAGCCUUUUGUUGGGAGUUUUUAUACAAAAACAAAAAAGCUUUCCCAGGAUGUGUAUUGACUCUUUUAUUUUCAAAAACAAUUUUUUAGUAAAUGAUAUAGACAAGAUUUGCUACCUGGUUAACGUUUGUUUUGAUUAAAGACACCUAUAGAGCACAUUGACUAAUUAAUCAUCGGCUAUUGGA